GUGAGCUCCCCCUGCAGGCCAUUGGGGCUUCCUGCGGCUUUCAUACUCAUAUCUGAAGCUCUGCGGCCCGAACAUGUGAAGCUCGCCAUGCUCAUACCACCGCUUGCCCGCGCCGCCAGUCGGCCGUGUCUUCAACCUUCGAGCUUGGGCUUGCUCUUGCGCCCGCAUCCACUAUACCACUCCACCCGUGUCUUCACCUCCUCGCCUCUGCACAGAAAAGAUGUUCACGGCCAGCGGCCUGCGCCAGGCUCGCAACAAGCCCUGCAAGACACCAAAGCCGCCAAACCUGCAACUGAUCCCGCGAAAGCGAAAGCGAAGGUAGAGAAGUCGAUGGAUCCACUGCUUGGUGAAAGAAACUUGAGCAACAAGGAACAACGCAAGGCGGACUGGACCAUCAUAAAAGAGAUGACCAAGUACCUUUGGCCCAAGGACAACUAUGGGACAAGGUUCAGGGUUGGACUCAGUGUAGCAUUGCUCUUGAGCGCAAAGCUGCUGAAUGUGCAAGUGCCUUUCUACUUCAAGAGCAUUGUGGAUUCGAUGAACAUAGACUUUGCUGCUGUCGGAGGCACUGCGACUACCGUGGCAGGCUCCAUGAUUAUGGCCUAUGGUUUGACUAGAAUUGGCGCGACCGUCUCCCAAGAACUUCGCAAUGCUGUGUUCGCAAGUGUGGCACAGAAAGCUAUCCGCAAGGUCGCAUGCAGCGUGUACGAGCACCUGCUGAAGCUUGAUCUGAACUUCCACUUAACCAGACAAACUGGAGGGUUGACAAGAGCCAUUGACCGCGGUACAAAGGGUAUCAGCUUCCUGCUGUCAUCCAUGGUCUUUCACAUAUUCCCUACAGCAUUGGAGAUAUCGUUAGUGUGCGGCAUCUUGACCUACCAAUACGGCUGGCAAUUUGCCCUUAUUACAAGCACCACAAUGGCGGCAUACGCGGCAUUCACCAUUCUGACUACAUCGUGGCGCACAAAAUUCAGGAAGCAAGCGAAUGCUGCGGACAACAAGGCGGCCACUGUCGCCGUCGACUCUUUGAUCAACUACGAAGCCGUCAAGUACUUCAACAACGAGAAGUAUGAAGUUGGCCGCUAUAACGCCGCUCUCACAGCGUACGAGAAAGCCUCGAUCAAAGUCGCCACCUCUCUUGCCUUCCUUAACUCCGGGCAGAACAUCAUCUUCUCGUCAGCCCUAACUGCUAUGAUGUACCUUGCCUGCAACGGCGUCGCAAAAGGAACCAUGACCGUCGGCGACCUCGUCAUGGUAAAUCAACUCGUCUUCCAGCUCUCCGUCCCCCUAAACUUCCUCGGCUCCAUGUACCGCGAGCUGCGCCAGUCACUCUUGGACAUGGACACGCUCUUCAGCCUGCAAAAAACCAACGUCGCCGUAGUCGACAAGCCCGACGCCAAACCACUGCUUCUCACCAAGGGCGAAAUCAGAUUCGAAAACGUCUCCUUUGGGUACCGCGCCGACCGGCCUAUACUCAAGAACCUGAACCUCACUAUUCCCGCCGGGAAAAAGAUUGCUGUCGUCGGUCCCUCCGGCUGCGGAAAGUCCACGAUCUUGCGCUUGCUCUUCCGCUAUUACGAUGCGCAGGAGGGACGCAUUCUAAUCGACGGCCAGGACAUCCGCGACGUGUCGCUCGAGAGCUUGCGCAAGGCGAUUGGCGUUGUGCCGCAGGAUACGCCGCUGUUCAACAACACUAUUGGCCACAAUAUUAAAUAUGGCAACAUGGAAGCAAACGAGGAGCAGAUCAUCCAAGCGGCAAAACGGGCGCAUGUGCAUGAUACUAUUAGUUCGUUUCCCGAUGGAUAUGACACCAUGGUCGGCGAACGCGGGAUGAUGAUAAGCGGUGGUGAGAAACAGCGUCUCGCUGUAUCUCGCCUCAUAUUGAAAGACCCCCCAUUACUCUUCUUUGACGAAGCCACAUCCGCACUCGACACGCACACGGAGCAAGCGCUGCUCACGCACAUCAAUUCGCUGGUGCGCGAGAAGAAACGCACAUCCGUCUUCAUCGCGCACCGGCUGCGCACCAUCUACGAUUCCGACACCAUCAUUGUGCUCAAGGCCGGCGGGGUGGCGGAGCAGGGCACGCACCAGGAGCUUAUUGAUAGGGAUGGGCUGUAUAGUGAGUUGUGGAGUGCGCAGGAGACUAUGUUUAUGGAGAAGGAGGAGGAUGGUGAGAAGAAAGAGGAGGGAACGAACCAGAAGUAGAGGGGUGCGGAUAAAUGGUAG